CGCGCAGCAGCAACAUUCUGCACCACACGCGGGUGAGAAGAGAACGAAGUUGCUUGCUCGCUUUCUCCGUCGUUCAUUCUACAUCAGCUUUUUAUUGAUUUGCAAGAUGAAAACCUCCUCCCCUCUUGUUUCGCAGCCUAACAUGGGUAAAAAGCAGAAUGGCAAAGGGAAGAAGGAAGUAUUGGAGGCAGAGCCGCCAGAGGAGUAUGUUGUGGAGAAGGUGAUGGACCAACGCAUUGUCAACGGGAAGGUGGAAUUCUUCCUCAAGUGGAAGGGAUUUACAGAAGUGGAUAACACUUGGGAGCCAGAGGAUAACCUGGAUUGUCCAGAGCUAAUCUCAGCUUUCUUGGAAGCACAGAAGACCGUGGUGGAGAAUCCUGACUCCAACAAGAGGAAGUCUUCAACAGAUGAGCCAGAGACCGAGGGAAACAAAGCCAAGAAGAAGAAGGAUGUGAGUGACAAGCCGCGGGGCUUUGCCAGGAGCCUGGAUCCAGAGAGGAUCAUUGGUGCUACAGACAGCAGUGGAGAACUUAUGUUCUUGAUGAAGUGGAAAGACUCCGAUGAGGCGGACCUGGUCCCGGCCCGCGAGGCCAACACCCGCUGCCCUCAGGUGGUCAUCUCCUUCUACGAGGAGAGGCUGACCUGGCACUCCUGUCCCGAGGACGAGGCCCAAUAGCACCCCUUCCUCAACCAACUGACGUCCCUUGUGGCCCCCAGACCUUCGACCCCGUCCCUGUUCCUGCCUCUCAGGACUGUUCAUGUCUCCACUUUUUUGUUGUCAUUUACAGCAUGUUUAGCCAUAGUAUUAGUGCAGAGCAGUCAGGUGAAAGUCUGUGCUUUUGUACACGUUUUUAGUGAUAGGAUGAUAUUUACUGGGAAUAAGACCGGUGAGGAGAAAUGGAUGGGUGAUUUGUCGCUUUUUAAUGAACCUAUUCCUCAUCCAGUACUGGUAGGGACUGGUUCCUCAACUGAUAUGUAGUUACUGUUGGAAAUGUACAUCUUGUAUAAUCCAUGUAGUUUGACAUCUUCUCCCUCACAUUCAGCUAGUUUCUUUUUUUCAUCUCCCCAUGUUGCAUACUUGAAUCCCUUGAACAGUAUGUCUUUUGCUGUAUAUUCACUUUGUAAAUAUUUUUUCAAAAAGCUGUUCAAUAAAGGUUUAUAUGCUUCAUUUUA